AUGGCCGAAAACUGUGACGACGACUCAGUCUCUUCAACUACGGGAUUUCGAAGCCACAAAACUUCACGAUAUCGCCAGCUAUUCAGGCCGUCAAUCUCAACCAUGAAGGACUUGAUUUUGGUUGCAUUCGCAAUCUUGGGCUUUGUUAGCCUCCUCCAGUCUCCAACAAACAUCCACUCUCACUUCCACUCGGAGGGAACCGCAACACCGGACAACUUGCACGCGGCACCCGCAGUUACGUCUUGCGAUUGCGGAAAUUCCACCGCAGAAGCAGUCACUUUGGGCUGCAAAUAUGACUCCCUGGCUGCCGCUUGGCUUCCCGAGCACUGUCGGGACGACGAGCUGACGGCCGAGUUUGAGCGCUCCGGGCCCGGCCCCAACGGCGAGUGGACGUACUGGGCUGACACCGCACAUGCUCAAGAGAUCAGCGUUCAAGAAAUUGCCAAGAUGGCGGACAACCAGGCAGAGCUGCGGUUCCACAUGUCUGGUCACUGGCAUGUCAUUCACUGCAUCUUCUAUUGGAGAAAGGAGCACAGGGCGCGGUUCAACGGCAAGAUGGUUGAACCGCGGUCGGACAAUGAGAAGCAUAUCAAACAUUGCGGCAAGAUCUUUUUGGAUCCGGGGUAUGGUACUGUGGCUGGGGUGGCGUUGAACACUGACAUGGAGUGA